AUGGCGCCGCGGGUGCACUCCUCUCCAUCAUCAUCGCCGCCGGCGACGCGCGCGGGUGAGCAGAGGAAGGUGUUCACCGUGUGGAUGAAGUCGCUGGUGCUCAACGGCCACGGCUGCACCGUGUACGACUCCGGCGGCGGCAUCGUCUACCGCGUCGACAACUACGGGUCCAGGUGCAGCGGCAGCGUCUGCCUCAUGGACCUCGACGGCUCGGUCGUCCUAAACGUUGUUAAAAAGAAGCUCGCGUUUGGCCGAUGGGAGGGGUACAAAUGGCGAGGCCAGAAGCAAGAGCCGAGGCCAUGGUUCACGGUUACACGCCCGGUCAUCAGACCGUUCCAGUGGAGCCACGGCCGCCCGGCGUCGUCGUCGUCGUGCGAGUUCCGGUGCGACACCACCGGCCGCGUCAUGCGGUACACGAUCGCCGACGAGUGCCGCGCCGGGAGCGGGAAGCAGGGGUGCCGGAUCGUCGACGAGGCCAGCGGAGUCGUCGUCGCGGAGGUGAAGAGGAAGGUGACGGCGAGCGGGGUGGCGCUAGGGGAAGACGUGCUCUCCCUGGUGGUGGAGCCUGGUACUGACCUCUCGCUCGUUGUGGGGCUAGUGCUCGUGUACGGGCUCAUGAAUCGCACCAUGUGAAGCGAUCUAGCGACGCGGGCAGAACUUUGUUCGUCAGACUAGCAGAGAGAGUCGCCGAAAGAAGAAUCUCGGAGGUUUCGAGACUGAAGCUUUUUGAGCCUAGUUGAAGAACGCUGUCACCUGACUGUCGAAGAAACUUCAGAGAGCAGGGGAGCCUAGUGAAACAGGAGCCCUGAGUCGUCGGAGAUACGAGAGUCGAGUAGCAGCACUAAAGAGAACAAUCUUUUCGGUUGAUUUGUUAGCGAUGAAAUAGAAGAUUCGCUUUGAACUUUAACGUAAGGAUUUACAAAAGCUUGUCUAACACCCUUUAGUUUUGAGGACCAAAUUUGCGCUACAAUCUGGCAGAAGCUUGUAGGAUAUAGAUUGCUUGCCACAAUCCAAAGCUAAAACAGACCAAUUCAUGUUAACACCAGCAACAACCAACAGGGCAAGCAGGCAACUCUUUGAAAACGUAUAAUUUUCUUCCAUGCGCCAUGCCGUAA